GGUGUUGUUAUAUUUUAUAUAAUUAUCCUUAGAUGUGCACCGCCACUGCAUGAUGCAAGUUGCAACUGCUUUGCUGCCGCCAACGUUUCCAUAGAACUAUCGACACCGUCUCUCAAUAAAGAUACGAUACAGUUUUUUCAAGAAAACUAUUAAUGGAUGAAGACCUAGCAUAGUCAUGACUGGGGCUAUGAUAGCAGUGGUGGAGUUCUCUCCAAUGAAGAACUGCUUCAUCAGCCUCCCAGCAUCAUGGGCUAAAGAUUUAUCACAAGUUCAGUUUCCUACAUUCCAACUGGAAUGGGGUGAUAGCAAUAAGGCUUAUGUAAGCUGGGCAGGAGAUAUUACAAGGCACAGUGAUUCCAGAGAUACAGAGGUGAUCCAGUUGAAUGGCUUAUAUGGCAACAAGCUUGGACUUUUGCAUGGACAGGAGGUUCUUGUGCAGUCAGUGCAGCCUGUGUUGCCGUGUAGCCAAGCAGCAGUUGAGCCUGCGUCAUUUGAUGAUUGGGAAAUACUGGAACUAAAUGCAAGUUAUGUUGAAACCAAUCUUCUCAGUCAAGUUCGUGUUAUUUGGCCAAACCAAGUUUUGCCAGUUUGGAUCGGCAAGAAGAUAUGUAUAUUUAUUAAAAUAAGUAGCAUUGAGCCAGAUGAGAAAUGCAUUCGUCUGGAACCCUACACAGAGCUGGCUAUCAUCCCAAAAGCUAGAUCGACAAGUUCCCACUCUACAAGCCCGCAUACUCCUAUAGCAUCAUCAACUGACAGGGUUACAGCUAGUUCCGGUCUAAGCUUCUCUACUGAUUUUAACAUACCAAAAACUGUGGGAGAAGGGAGUUGGCCUCUAGCUAACACUGAGAGUCCAUCUAGCCUAGCCUCCAUAGAUGAAAGUAUGACAUCUGGCUAUGUUAGUGAUUACAAAUCUACAAGGAACUUUCCUCAUUACAGAGGCCAAGUUAGUGAAGCAUCAGAGAAUGUUGACAUGAAUGAAGAAGACCCAAUAACUGAUCAGGAACAGGACAGUUCUCUUCCCUGGGCUUAUCGUCUGUGGACUUACAUAAAAUCGUUUGUUUUUACUGAAGACUCUGGAGAGAGCGCUAUAGAACAAGGGAAGCUCUCACUAGACAAAGAGAGGCAAAAAGCCAUAGCAACAGAGCUACUCAAAGAUUGUAAUAUAGUUGCACGGGUUCAUCCAUUAGUAGAAUCCUAUGAAAAGUCCGUGUCAAAUAGUAAAAGAAUGGAAGGUAAUGAAACAGAAGUUACUGAGAACUCUUAUUCGCAUUUGAUGCAACCGACGACUGUGUACCUGUCGUCAAGUGCUGAGGGAGCCCUCAUUGAUCUGCCAAUAGACCCAAGCAGACAGAACAGCUUACCUAUCCAAGAAUAUGUGAGUUUUUAUGCAAUAAUAACCAAGUUGAAAUCCCCUAAAGAACGUCAAGAAGAGUUGAGACAAAGACAGAAUUCAAAUUCAACAAAGAUUAGCAAAACCAACCGUGAGAAAACAUUGAAAACAACUGAUGAUGUAAACGUUGAAGGCGUGAACAAAGGCGAGGAGGAACCAAUUUCAAAAUUACCUGGUAUUAACACAGACUAUGCUGCUGUGAGGGUGGUUAUUAACAGCCAAGAUAUUCAAAUAAGGCAGAGGUCGUCUGGCGAAGUUUCGCCAUACAUGGUGCUUGAUGAUGCUAGUCCCUGGACGCUCCAGAUCUCCGACCUUCUUCGGCGGCAGCUGAGGCUUGCAGUUACAGCAAAGGUCCUGAUUCGACCAAUCACUGAAUCACCAAGCGUUAUGCAAGCUAUGACUCUGUAUCCAUUAUACCGUGUGCAAAGUGAGUUAACACCUGCUGUAAUUGAGGGCGCUUUCCACCAGUGGUUGUCUUGUGUUAGCUGUAUGAUUUGGCCGAUACCAAUUUGUGGGGGUAGCUCACUCUUGAAGUUUCCCGUUCCAGGUUGUGAUGGUGAUCAAGAAGAAUUCGUCCUCACAAUAAAUGCAGAGCAGAAUAACUCGGAAGCCAAACAACAAACUUACUUCCUUCUACAUCCUUUCAUUGCAAAGAAAGUCAAGUGUGCAGUCUGUGAAGUCGCCCUCUGUGAUACUAUGGCUAGUCUUCCUCCCAGGACUACAAGUCAGAUUGACCCUGUAGUGGCUGGAUUCAGACUAAGAGAUCUUGGUGGUGUAUCAGAGUUGGGCCAAUCUGGUCUGAACCACAUCAAGACCUCACUAGCUAUCAGGCCCCUGUCCCGGCAGGUAUGCUCUGGUCUACCUGGUCUUCUUCAGGGUGGUUUGAUAAUAACAGGGCCAAAAGGCAGUGGGAAGACUACACUAGCUAUGGCCCUGUGUCGGGAAGUUAUGUCCUGGCCUCAGCUUGUCUAUGUUAACGUGUUGGAAUGCAAGCCUUUGAAAGGCAAACGGGUUGAGAGUGUCCGUCGGAGAUUAGAGGAAGCUUUCAAUGAAGCUGCUUGGAGGCAACCAUCUUUGAUUCUACUGGAUGAUCUUGAUCAGCUGACAGGGGCCCCUCUAGGGCCAGAGCAAGAGAUAGGUCCUGAUGCACUGUACAGCAUGAGACUAGCUGAAGUGUUGAAAGAUUUGAUGUCAGCUGAAAUCAGGCAAGGCACUAGAGUUUGUGUUCUGGCAACCUGUCUCACCAAGACUUCACUUCACCAAGGCCUAACGUCAUCUAGAGGCACACACUUCUUCCAGCACUGGAUAGACAUUCAGCCAAUGGACACGACAAAGCGGGAAGAAAUGCUGUCAUCAAUGAUUCAAUCCAAAAUGGAGAUUGACCUCCAAAGCCUUGAUGAACUUGACCUUUCUGUCUUAGCAAUGAAGACCGAGGGAUUCGUAGCAAGAGACUUGAUGACAGUGCUGGAGAGGGCGAUACAUGCAGCCUGUAGUCGAGAAAUGGUUAAUGGAAGUUGGCCGAACAAGGCAAACCAAGAUUCAUCCAAUGAAAACAAUGGUAUAAUCCUGAUUGAAGAAGAUUUUGAAUGUGCAAUAAAAAACUACACUCCAGCAACACUACGGGAUGUUCCAUUACACAAUGCAGGGGAGUUGGGGUGGAAAAAUGUUGGAGGACUAACAGAAGUCAAAAAGACUUUGAUAGAAACUUUACUUUGGCCAGCAAAGUACCCACAGCUUUUUAAAAACUGCCCAUUAAGACUGAGGUCUGGUUUAUUGCUGUAUGGCCCUCCAGGAACAGGAAAGACAUUGCUAGGGGGAGCUGUUGCAAAAGAAUGUGGCUUGAACUUCAUCAGUAUAAAGGGCCCAGAGUUGUUAAGCAAGUAUAUUGGGGCGAGUGAGCAGUCUAUUCGUGACCUGUUUAGACGUGCUCAAAGUGCAAAACCUUGUAUUCUCUUUUUUGAUGAGUUUGAUGCCCUAGCACCCAGGCGUGGUCAUGAUAGCACUGGUGUAACGGAUAGAGUUGUCAAUCAGCUGUUGACUCAGCUAGAUGGUGUUGAAGGUUUAGACGGAGUGUAUGUAAUCGGAGCAACCAGCAGACCUGAUCUCAUUGAUCCUGCCCUGCUACGUCCAGGCCGACUUGAUAAAUGUCUUAAUUGUCCAAUUCCAAAUAAGACUGAUCAGCGUGAUAUUCUACAUGCGUUGUCUAUGAACAUGACCCUCGACGAUGACAUCAACUUUGACAAUAUUAUCGAACAUUGCAAGUUCUUCACUGGUGCCGACUUAAAAGCUUUGCUGUAUAAUGCUCAGCUAGAUGCAAUCCACUCCCAAAUAGCGCCCUCAACCAAACAAUUAAGCAGCGAACGUCUCUCACCGCUUCACAUGAAGUCGUGUCGCAGUAUGGAGGCUGACGAAUGGAAACUAACAUUCCUAGACAGUGCGUCGUUCGAUGAUGGAAUCACUCUCCAAAAUCGCGCUGCUAUAAGUAAAUCGCAAGUUAGAAAAGCUUCGGUGCCGAGUGAUCCGGAUGUCGCUUUGAACCCUGUGGUGGAAAGCUCUGGGUCUGAUUCAGAUUCUGCUAGUUUUAUCCGUCUGAGCCAGAGUGAGGAAGAGUACAGUAACUAUGGUAACAGUGGUAAAGGCACACCACCAGGAAAGCAUACACCAAGUUUAAGGGAUAUCGCAGCUCUUAGGCUUGAAAGGUCACCUCCGCUUGUUGAGGUUGAAGAUAUGUUGGAGAAUAUAGACGAAGACCUGUUUGACUUGCAAGGGCUGUAUCCAGAGAGAAAACAGGAGCAGAGGCUCAUAUACAUGCCAACAUUGCGAGACGGCAUCGUGGACAUCUGUGCAGAAACGCAGGAGAGAAUCGCUAACCAGGUUGCAUUAAUAAGGAAAAACCACCUAGAGAAAAUGUCUGGUUAUCUGGGAGGAAACAAAGAAGAAAAUAAUGAUGCACCUGAAAGUCAUGUGGUCAAAAUCAGUCAAUCAAAUCUUGUGAAAGCUGUCAACUCCAUGAAGCCCUCAGUGUCGGCAAAAGAGAGGCAACGAUAUCAACAAAUUUAUGAGUCAUUUGUGAACUCCAGGGGUGGCAACUUCACAGGACAAGAAGGCAUCACUGGUAAACGUGCCACACUUGCCUAAUGACCAGCAAUGUCAAGAUUAAGUUUUUAGCAGUUCCGUCCUCGUAUAUUGUUUAUGUUGUUUGCGAUGAUACAUCCUGCAAAGGACUUCAAGACCCAUAACUGCAGGAUAACAGAGGCUGUAUGGACCUGUAAUGCACCGGAGUACCCCCUACUCAUCUCAAAAGAUGUACAGUACAGAGUUCUUUAAAGUGCACAUGAGCCAAUUGUGUACACUGGUUUAUAAUCCUUAUCCUAGAAGACUUGGUCGACCACCAGAACCAUAGACAAGCAUUUACCGUUUGUACCAGUGCUGAUAUUAUGACUGUAGUUUGCAGCUUCCCUGCCUUAACAGCUCGGCCAUUCGACUUUUAUCUAUGACUUUAAUAAUUCAUUAAAUCUAUGUUGUCAUUUUUCGUUGAGAAAAAUCCUGACUGAACUUUAUAAUUUGGAAUAAUGUACAGUAUUAACUAGUAAACCAUAGUUACACUCGUAGUACAGUAUUUGAAAUCCACUCUGAAAAGUGAUAUUUUCAAAAUGUCAAUGUCUUAAAUAUUUGUGUAAAAAUUAUUAUAGUUGGCAAAAUGGAUGCAUAUAUUUGAUAGGAUUGCAAGAGUAAUGAACAAAUAUAUUUUAUGUAUGCAAGUAAUGUUAUUAAUGGUUUUAAGAAAGCCCUUAAGACUUGCUUGUUACUUAUAGCACUUUGAUCCAUUCUCUGACACGACUGUCCCCGACACAGACCAAUCGUGUCUGCGUGUAAAUCGUACAGAUCGGGCUGUACUGUGCACGACACUCUUCGAGUUGCCCUUAAGAUUGAUAGGCUGUGAAGUGGUCCAUGUUAUGUGUCUGGUCCAAGCAUGCUACGAGCUUCAGACUUUGUGUAGUGUUAAAUUAUUAAAAAGAUAUAAUUUAAUGUAUCUUAAUGAUUAUCAACAACUAAAAGUACCAUGGUUCUUUUUAAGGGUAUUAAAACAUUAUUCUUUGAGGAACAGUGUGACUGUGCAAUCAUAUACACAAAUUUUUAAAUUAUUUUCAUAAAUGAUGAGUGAUGUUUACUGAGAAACUGCCCUUGAGUUCAAUGACUAAAUACAGUAUUGUAGAAAAGAAAAUUGUUGGUAAAAUGUGAUAUGCUGAAGAAAUACAGUUAAUAAAAAUACAAUGAAACAUUUUAUCCUUUGUAAACAAAGUUGUUUAUUUCAAAUAUUUACAAAAUUAAAAAUGCUUCUUUACCUGCA